AAUUUAGGAUAAAUUUAUUUAUUUUCUUGAAAGACUUCUAUGGAUAUGAAAUAGUAUACGUGGGUAUGAUCGAAAAGGUGAAAUUCUUCACAAACAUUCGAGCAAUCGACGGAUCGAGUGCAAUUCGAUCCUCCGUUUCCGGUAUUCUCGUCAGGCGUGUUGUCCCUUUUUCUCGUUCGUUGGAUCUCUAUCCGACAUUUUGUUCGGUCACGUUUCACGCCCCUCCCACCUCCCGCCUCCCCUCCCCUACUCUUUUUCAUCGCCGUUAACUACCGUAUCCUUUCCCAGUUCUGUUCCUUCUGCGUAUACAUGUACGUUUCGUGUUCCUUUUUCUUCCACAAUUAAUACACAAACCAACGUGCAACGUGUUUAGAAAACAGCGAGCAUAUUCGAAACGAGGAAGGAGAGGAAGGAAUUUUGAAGAAGACGGGUCGAAACUUGGAAACUUGUUCGAGUGUCGAGAAAUUUUAGUCGUGCGAAUUAAAUAGAUGUGUAUUCGAUUCUAAUCCAUAUCGAUUUUGUACCUCGAGAAAUUUAUUAGACGCAGAAAGACCAAGAGAACAUUAAUCGGAAUUCUUGUGUAUAGAAAAAUGAGAGACUCGUCCACGUAACAAAACGUAUAAGCAACCCGCCAACCACGACAGUAAACGUUCCAUAAAUUUUGCUUUCCUACGUUCGAGCACACGAUAGAAUGCACUUUACAACAGCCAAUACAAUCUUUCCAAUAAGAGACGAUCAAUUUUUCACCACCACAUUUUAUCUCUCUUCUCGGUUAUAUAUUAAAUAUAUUAGGUUAACCUUCCGCCGGUAUAAUAGAUCGAGUUCGAGGUUUUUAUUUUCAUCAUCAACAAAUUAAAAUAAAAUGAUAAUAAAGGAAAUCUUCUUUCGAAAUAUCGUCGCCCAAUUAUUCAGCCUUCUUCUGAUAGUUGCAAGCUGCGAAAUUACUAGCGCAUCGAUCAUAACCUGUUAAAAAAGACAAGAGCAAAUGGUGUGCAAUUGUGUCGUCGAUAUUUCAUAACGUGAUAAUGCGAUCUGAAAUAUCGUGGUGAUGGUGUGAAUCGAAGGUGCUUGAAUGCGCAUUCAGUUCCAUUCGGCCGGGAUAGUUUUAAUUUUAUUGUCACCGCGUUAUUUGACGCCAUGCUGUCAGUAAUGGCGUCUAAGUGCAUUGUUAAGGAAAGGCACCGAGGAGUGAAUGGAGAGCAUGAAAGGGCACGAUAUUCGUGUACCAAAGGGGAUAAUGCCAAGGUAGCUAGGGUAAUGAAGGUAUUUGUUAGUGGAUUUCGCUGCAAAAAUGUAAACAUAUUCUUCGUUCGAAUUGUUGGAAUUCUAUUAGGGAAUAUCUAUUCCCAGAAGCCACAUUUUUCUUUUUAUCCAGGUAUAUUCUUGAAUCAACGACGCGAGCGUGCUCGUUCGAGCGAUCACCGCACCACCCACACAUCCAUCUCCCCAAGGAAAGAAGCAUCGACCGCUAUUCGGUCCCCAGUACUUAAUUAUUCUUGCAAGUGGCACCGGUGUCUUAAUUAUCACGCGCUUUCAGCCCUUUUAAGGGAUACCUUUGGCAGAAGUGGCGAACCCGGCUAAUUGCAUUGCCAAAGAGUACUAAAGGUGGCGUGACAGCGUUGCUUUAAUUGAAACUACAACCUUCUGAACCACAAGUUUUUUUGUCAAAUAAUCUUAUAAGCGAAUAUUUUAUAUCCAAAUUUCUUUUCGUAUCGAUUCAGUAUUUCAAUAUUUUUUUCAAUUCUUUCAUCGUGUAGCUUUGAUGGUUAAGUUAGGUUAGAUUUAAUUUGUUAAGUAUGUACCGGAUAGAUAAUGUAUUUUUCCUGAUAGGAAAUGAUCAUGUGGCAAAAAAGCUUUAGACAUUGUUGAAAAUCUUACAAAAUUAAAAAAUAAAUAUUUAUUUUUGUACAAAAAA